GCCCCAUCACCCAUCGUUGGUGUCAGUGGGAGGAAUAGUGCCCCAUCAUUGUGCCCCAUCAUUGGUGUCAGUGGGAGGAAUAGUGUCCCAACAUUGGUGUCAGUGGGAGGAAUAGUAUCCCAUCAUUGGUGUCAGUGGGGGGGUGGAGGAAUAGUGCCCCAUCGUAGGUGUCAGUGGGGGGGAGGAAAAGUGCCCCAUCGUUGGUGUCAGUGGGAGGGAGGAAUAGUAUCCCAUGAUUGGUGCCAGUGGGGGGUGGAAUAG